AACCAUGCCUUCAUACGUUUUGCAACACUCUAACGCCUGGUGUUGUAAUUUUUCAUAUUGUCGCAAGGUGAAAUCGAAAUGACGGCUAUUUAACAAGAAAAAGUGCAAUAAAAUCACUAAAUCCAGUAUCAAAUUGUAGCUUAUAAAGGUGUUUCUCUGAUUUACAUAAAUGCACGUUGAAAAGUCUACAUAAAGUGCAUGAAAAACGUAAUUGAAAAUUUUACUUUGUGUGUAGCACACACACGCACAUACACAUGAGAGAUAAACGCAGCAAUGGCCUCGCACUCGCAUUCGCAGCAUAUAUAAAAGCUCAGUUGUAUAUUGAAGAAGAAGGAGCGCACAAAGCAGAAGACGAGAAGAAAGAUUUCUGUGUCAUUGAACGAAGGCGAUGAGGCGACGACCAGAGCAAGACCAAGGAGCUCCAAACCCUAACGCAGCAGUAGCAUACAUAUAUGUAUGUAUGUGUAUAACAACAGCUGCAGGUGCAUAACUCUUCAAGGAUACUGCUCUGUAUUCCCCCCACUCCCCGGCAAAGAAAACAUGCCCUUGCCUUCUACACACGCACACACACACGUUACGAUCGAUACCGACGCCGCCUGUGUAUAAGUUUUAUUUUUUAUUGAACUUACAUAUCCCACAUACUAAACUGCAACUGCAAUUCAUUUACAAUUAGUGCUCAUUAAACAUUAUUCUCUGCUCGCUGUGUAUGCGUGUGUGUGCAGUGUAGAUGAUUCUCCUUGAAUGAAUUCAAAAGAGAACAGAGAAAAUUAAAGAAACACAAAAGCGGAAAUACACUGAAAUUGUGUCUACCUUUCGUGCGUGUGUGUGUGUGAGUUUAACGCGUUGUGCGUGUGUGGAAAAUCAAAGCAAAGCAGAAGACAAUAAGCUGGCAGAGCAGCACGCAGUCCACAGCCCUCAACCCGCAGUCCACAAUCCACAGUCCACAUUUCUACGCAAGAUCACACCCUAAUGCAACAGUAGCAGCAAAGCCACGCUAAAGGAUUGAGGAAAAUGGCCAACACAACACGAGCAACUGCAACAACAACAACAGCAAAAGUCACAGUUUUAUGACUUUAGACUGAGUACAAGAGAGCGCGAGUGGAAGAGAGAGGAAGAGCGACAGAGAGGAAGAGCGAUAGAGAGGAGCAGCAGUUUAGUUAUUGAUUAGCCAGCGGGCGUGUAAGGAAGCAAAUUGUCAUCAUCAUGGUUGACAGUGUGCAGUGUCCCGUGUGCACCCUGUAUCUGCACGCGGGCAUGAAUCUCUCGGAUCACUUGGAGACACAUCCCAAGGAGCAAGUCAUCAAAGCGCUGGUGCAAAUGACAAUCGUCGGCAACAAUGCAAUGGGCGGUGCCCUGGUGGCAGCUGCCCUCUCCACUGCCGGCAGUGGUGCAUCAACAGACAGCGCCUCCUCAACCUCCUCCUCCACCACCACAUCACCGCCAGAUGCUGAUGUGAAACCAGCUGUGGCAGCAAAAGCAAAAGCACCAGCAGCUGUAACAGCAGCAACACCAGUAGCGACGACAACAACAACAUUAAAAUCAACAGCACCCAAGUCUGCAUCAUUGCUGGUAAAUGCAAGCAACAACAACAACACCAGCAGCAGCAGCAGCAACGGCAACAAUAACAAAUUGAGCAAUCCACCGAUUAAGGCAGUUAAAAGCGCGCCACCCUCGACUGAGGCGUCAGCCACCACAUCCACCACACCCACCAUAAGCAGCGUGUCCGCUGCCUAUCCGCCAUCGCUGACAUCUGACUAUCGCUACGACCAGCAACAGCAGCAACAGCAACAUCAACAACAACAACAGCAACAGGCGACGCCAACAACAACGCUACAUGGCUUUCCACGUGGUGCCACCACAAUGCUGGUGAUACCACAAGCACCACCACAUCAGCAGCAGCAUAAUUUCCUGGCCACCCAGCAGCCUGGACAUUUUGCCCAUCAGCAACAACAGCAGCAGCAGCAGCAGUCGGCUAUGAAGUACACGUAUGCAACAACGUUGCCUCCGCCACCGCCGCCUCUGCAGCUCUUCGCACAGCAGGCGACGACAACGCAGUCGCAUCAGAAGCCACCGCCCGCCUAUGGCGCCGCAAUCAGUCAAAUUCGAUCUCAGCACAACCAAAACAAGCAACAACAUCAUCAGCAGCAACAACAACAGCAACAUAUAACCGUACAGCAUAAUGUUAACCUAGCACCACCGAGUGGGAAGCACAGCAAAGCCCAUACGGAGAUCUUUUUGAAUCCACCGCCACCACCACCGCCACAGUCCACGAUGCCGUCUUCAUCGACCUCCUCGUCCGCCUCCGCUUCCGCUUCCGGCUCCACCUCAAGACUGCAACAUCCACAACAGCAUCAGCAUCAGCAAUCCCUUACAGCCGGCAGCAGCUAUGCAGCAGUGAGUUGCUCCAGCUCCACAUCGAGUCUGAUUGCAGCGACAAACGGACGAGGCAUCAGUCGCCAGUCGACCAAUUCGCCAUUUGGUGCACUGCUCAAUGCGGCGGCGCAGGCUGCAAGCUCCUCGCCCGCCUCCUCCAGCGCAUCAGUGUUGCGUUACGCCGAAUCGCCGGUGGCCCACUAUCUGGAGCGUGACAAUGGCGACUUUAUUUUCCAAGAGACGCCCAAACACAUUGUCGAGUGCGUCGAGAAAGAUGAUGGCGAAUUCUCAGUGAUUGAGCGCAUCUAUCAGUCGCCACCCAGCGUGUUGCACAUACACGACGAUGACGAAGAAGAGGAGGAACAUAGCUGGGCAAACAGCGACGAUGAGGAUCACGUCAAGGCACAUAACAAUGUGGAGGAUGGCGAUGAUGAGCGUGAGGACAGCCGCAGCAGAGUUGGCCUUAAGACGACAACGAAAAAGUCGCGUAAGAUCAAAUCGAAUGGGAGAAUCCACAAACGCUCAUUGUCAAAGCACCAGAUGAUUACGACGGAGGAUGAGGAAGAGUUCCUGAGCAUAGGCAGCAGUGAAGACGAGGAACAGACUGAGGAGCAGCCGCAGUCAUCAGGUGGUGCCCAGGUGGCGUCACCGUCUCCGCCGCAACUUUGCACGGCGCCUUCGACGAGCAGUGGAGCUGCUGCUGCAUCUUCUGGAAAUGUCAAUUCCACGUCCAGCGGUACGAUUAAGUCCAAAAAGAAUCGUGUUACAGUUCUGAGCGAUGUGCCGCUCAAUAUGAAUGAGUAUCUGGAUCUGGUGGGCAACAUAGUGGCAUCGAGUCGCAUUGGCGCAGCUCGUCCAUUUGCCGCUGUGGCGCCCAUUCCGUUGGUCAAGGUGGAAAAGGAGGAACCGCUCGACGACUAUGACAGCGUUCAGACCGAGACUCAGCCCAUGGAGCACAAGCCCAGCCUAGAACAUGGCAGUGGCAGUGGCAGUAGCAGCAGCAGAAGUAGCAGCGUCAGCAGCAGCAAUGGACGCGGCACCACCAGCGUCAUUCGCAUGGCCAGCACAAGCAGCAGCGCCAAUGUUCCGGCGGAGGAUCUCACACAGCCGCCGGCCAUGAAAGUCGAGGUAGAGCCAACAAUGCUGCUGCCACAACGCUUCUCAGCACCAGCGCAACAGCGUGGACCCAAGAAAUUAGUCAUCAAACCAAAGGCCACAGCAACGGCGACGACGACGACGACAGCGACGACGGCGACGACGACGGAAAAGACUGAUAACAAUGCUGCCAGCAUGAGAAGCAGCAACAGCGCCGAAUCUCUGAGCAUAUCAAAAGCGUCUGGUGCAGAGCUGGUUCAAAUCAAGAGCGAAAAUGUAGAGCCAUCCACAUCCACAUCGAGUGGCAGCAUCCUGGAGAAGCAUCUGACCACCAGUUACACGGGACAGCAAGCAACAACACGCAAACACUCGACAGUCAACGAUGACGAUGCCCGGGUGCUGCUGGAGUUUGCCAACUCGAAGCAACAACCGCUGGCAGGCACCAGCAGCAAUCCCACCACCACAUUUGUGGUGAAUGCAGCCAGUUUUGCAUCGGCGGGAUCUGUGUUUGCCAGCAGCAUUGAGAAGCAUUCAAUUAAGCCGGGUGACGAGUACAUUCUGCCGGAUGAUAACAAAGUGGAAAUGGAUGAAAUUGUGAUAUCCUCCUCGUCUUCCUUUGCUUCCUCCACGCAGCAAGCGCAGCAGCAGUCGCAGUCGUCGCAGCAGCAUCAACAGGCAACUCCGGCAGUUCAAGCCACGUUGCAGCAGUCACAGCCGCCUAAUUUUAAUGAUUUCAACUUUCUGUACCACCAAAAUACAACAGCAACAACAACAACGACGCCGACUGCUUCCAAUUUUGCACCAUUCGGUCUUCAGCAACAGCAGCAGCAGCAACAACAACAACAUGGCUCUAGCGAAGCCACCAAUGCAGCGACACUCGCCUCAUCCUCCAGUAACUCGUCAGCAUUGGAUCACGAGUCCUCCAUGAAUGCCACGUUCCGUGUGGCCAAGCCACAGUCAUCACUGAGUGCUUGGUAUCAGCCACAGCAGCAGCAACAACAACAACAACCACAGCAGCAGCAGCAACAACAACCACAACAACAACAGCCACAGGCGACAACCUCUGAGAAUGUGGAACAGUCGAGCAAUUUUAUUGCAGCAUUGGCAGCCGUCGAUUGUUGCAGUGUGGCAAUGGACAGUGACGCAAGUGAUGCCAAGUACUUGGAUCUGGAUGCAUGUAAGCGGGAACAGUUGAGCAAUAGCAGCAGCCAUUUGCCCUCUGCCUCGGCAUCCACAUCGACAACAUCGUCUUCAUUCGCUGCUGCAGCCACCGAGAGCAGUCUCGUUGGUGGCUUGGGAUUAAACAUUCGCACGGAUGAGAAGAUGCCCGCAAAGGGUGAAAUAUCCGAGCAGGAGAGCAACUGCGACAUUGAGAACUCCUGGAGUCAAUCGAUGUAUGGAGACAUAUCACAGCGGUACUUUAGAAAUCAGUUCGCGGAUGGCUACAAUCAACAGCUAACCGAUUGGCGUCAGGACUAUUAUCCUGCGCAGGAUCUCAGUGGUCAGCAACAGCACCAGCAGCAGCAGCGUGAGCACAAACGAUUUGAUUUCAAUGCGGUCGCCUCCGAUUACGCGCAGCCGGGUGAGCUGGACGCCUCCUCGAGCUCUGCCAGAAGCAAUCAAUUGCUGGAUGUGCAGCCCACUACGUCCACGUCCACGUCGUCGGCUUUGCUGGCUGGCCCACCAAUUGCCUCGACAUCGCGAGCUGCCGCCGAAGCGGAAGCAGUCGCUGCCGCAUUGCAACGCAAACCCGCCCGUCGCAAAAUCUACAAGUGUCCACACUGCGUGGCCAUCUUUGAGAAGCUAAAAGAUCGCAAUGCACACAUGAUUGGAGAGCACAACUACGUGCGCCAGAAUCGGCGACUCAUCUGUACGCAGGCGGUGGUCAAUGCCGCCUUGCUAGCACAGCCGCAGGCUCAACAGCAGCAGCAACAACAGCAGCAGCAGCAGCAACAGUUGUUGCUGCAGGCAGGUGGAAGCAUUAAUGAGACGCUGCAUGAAGAUUCCAAGGAUGGCAUUGUUAAGAUCAAACAGGAGCACUGUCAAGACAAGCCAGAUUCAUCGGAGCAACUGCUUGAUCAUUUGGAAUUGCCGGAUGUAAAAGAUGCAGACUUACUAGACGUUAAUGGUGAGAAUGGACGUGAUGCGGACGUGAAACCAUCAACCAAUAUGACUGAUCUAAAGCCGACUAUUAUGCCUUUGGCUAUGACCACACCAGCUGCCAAAUUGGCGGCGAUUUAUCGCAUGCUUAUUACCUAUAAUGAAUCGAAGCUUGGGCAGGAACAUCACAGCCUCAGCGAGCUGGAGCAAAAGGCGAUGGAGAAAUCCAUAUUUCUGUGCUACGUCUGUCGCACCGAUUUCCCCUCUGUGAAACUGUACGAUGCACAUCUGACCGAACAUCCCGCCGAGUGCUUCACCUGUGGCAAGAAAUUUUAUCGCUGGAAAAACUUUUCACUACAUCUGAAACGUCAUCUGGGCUGGAAGGAGUUCGGUUGCUAUGUCUGCGAUAAGAAGUUCGUGGUGCGCAGUGCCCUCGUCGAGCAUAUGCGGAUGCACACUGGCCAGACUCCCUUGAAGUGUAAGAUAUGCGGCAAAAAGUUCAAGCGUUACUCCAAUUUGACGCAGCAUCGAAAGCGACACACCAAAAUGACGGUGCGGAAGAAGGAGUACGUGUGUCACUGUGGCGAGGUGUUGCCCUCGAAGGCGCGUUUCCUGUGGCACAAGGAAACGCACGAUUUGAAGCCCAAGUGUUGUCCAUAUUGCUGCGAUCGUUUUGUGCACGCCAAUUCACUGCGCCGACACAUCCGGCUGGCGCACUCGGACAAAUUCGACUAUGCUGAGCCCAUGGAAUGCCCCAUGUGCAAGCAGAUCUUUGCCAAAACGUCCAUCAAGGCGCAUAUGGCCACACACUCGACGGAUCCUCAGUACGAUUGCGCCAUUUGCAACAAGAGCUUCUCCACAAAAUGGAAUCUCAAGAUUCAUUCGUGGGUGCACGCCAAUCGCACCGCCAAACCGUUCAAGUGCGAAUAUUGCCCCAAGGCUUUUGUACGCGAGUUGGACUUUAAGAAUCACAUGAAUGCGCAUAAGCAGAUAAAGCCCUACACCUGCGAGUACUGUGGUUGCAAGUUCAUACGCAAGUACAACUACAUGCGGCAUCGGCGGGAGCAUCAUGGCAACAAGAAGUUCACCUGCGAUCAGUGCGACAAAUCUUUUCAUCGCCACUAUUAUCUAAUCGAACAUCGUCGUAUUCACACUGGCGAACGACCUUUUCACUGCACCAUCUGUGGCAAAAGCUCGACCACGAAGACCAAUCACAACAAGCAUCUGAAGAUACAUCAUUCGCGGGAUCCCUUCACCGUGGAGGUCUAAAUAAAUCGUCUAAAAUGACUAAUCAUACUAAAGUAAAAUACAUUAAUUAGCUAGCUAUUCAUGGCUCUUCUCAGUGUGUGUAAUGUGUGUCUGUGGUUAUAUGAAACGAAACAAAACAAACUAGUAUUACUUAUCGAACUAUUAUAUACAUAUACAUAUAUACAUUAAUAUAUCUAUAUGUAUUGUUUACAUAUGCGAAUGCCAAUUCUUGAUUAACAAAGCAAAAGUAAACAUCAAUGAAAAACAUUAUAUCAUAAUAAUAUUAAUAUUAAUAUUAACAUUAACAUUUUACUAAUCGUACAUUUUGGAUGUGGUUUAAGAGACUUAGCUAAAUGUGAAAGUGUUUCCCCUGUUUUCCUCUAGAUAACCCCACACAUUCACUCAACGCUCUCGAUCCGCAACACUUUACUUUAAACACAACACGAAUUGUAAAUUGCUUUAAUUUCUUUUAAUUAUAAAUAUACAUAAAUUUAGUUAAAUGGCAUACCUAGAUCAGUGCAAUAUAAAUCAUUAUCAUUUAAUUUUAUGCUGUAUUCUUAAAUUUCUCAACUAUUGUUUGAUAUCCAUUAAGUUUAUUCAUUUAUAAAUAUAAUUUUAAUUGUGAAAACUCGUAUGUAAAGGGCAACACAAAUCUAGUAAAUUUAAGUUAGAUGCAAUUGUUUUAAAUAGAAUUACAUUAAUAUAAAAUAUUAUCUUUGAGUUUUCGAAACUUGAGCACAUUCUAAACCACCAAGCAAGCACACACACACACACACACACAACACACAUACGUAACACAAAGGAUAACAUAUAGAAAUUUGGGAAUUGUUAUAUAAUUUUGUAUCUUGUAAUCAUGUAGAGACAAAACACUCUGCCAGCGAUCGAACGUACACGAACACAACUGUCAUAUUGAAUAAACAUAAAAGUAAACCAUUU